GAUCCACAGCUCCACAGCCUAGCACCUGGUACUACUGCAGCGCCCCCUCUGCGUGGCUUCAAAGGUUCAUUCGCAGAGAGGGGCAAAGAAGGGUGCCAUGAUCCACACAAGAUGCCUGGGAGGAGUGUUCCUGGUUUGCAGUGCCGUAAACGGUGGAGCUUUUCUGUUGAACCCUGCCGCACGACACGACGUCAUCACGAGCGUGCAGCAGCAGCGCGAUGCAAGAACAACAACAGCUGCUUUAGUAGAACGCACAGGCAGGUGCCGCUCUCGAGUGCCGUCACGGGUCUUGGCAACAGACGGCGAUAGCAACGAAGCUGCGCUCGCUUCCGAAAACGUACGAUAUAGCACAGGGAAAGCUGUUGUUGGAGCAGCAGCAACAGCAGCAGCAGCCGCUGCUGUAGCGAUUGUGUCACAUCCAGCAGCUGCUGGCGCAGCAACCGAUGUGUUAGCAGCGGGAGCAGAAGUCGGAGCGGGAGCGGGGCUCCAGAUUUCGGCGACAAUAUCCCAAGUGUUGGCGGAUCCGGCAAGCGCUCUCGCCGCCAACCCGGAGUGGACGCGGUACGCUUUCAUGUUUCCGGUGGGCAUCUUGGUUGCGACGUGCGCCCAAACGGCCGGGAUCGGUGGCGCAGCUCUCACGGCCCCGGUGUUUCUAUUGGGGUUCCCGCUUUUGGGCCCAGAUUAUCCCCUGCACUCGGUGGCGGCAAGCGUGGCGACCGCAAUACUGUGUGAAGCGUUCGGGUUUUCUUCAGGUUUGCUGGGCUACUUUCGGCGAGGCCUUAUCGACCCAGGCUCCGCCCUGCCUUUCAUCCUGGCGUCGAUCCCGUCGUGCCUCCUGGGGGCUCUGAUCGUGCCUUACGCCGACGAGCGAGUGCUCAAGGCCAUCUACGCCGUGUUCAUGCUGGGGCUGAGCGCCUACCUCUUGCUGGAUGAGCAAGGGUCUGAGUCCUUAGUCCCGGAGGAGUGCUCCGUGGAGGAACUGGAGAGCGGAGACAUGAAGGCGAUUUGCACGUCGGAGGGUACAGAGUACAUUUACAGGAAACCGGAUUUCGGGACAGGGAGCGGGUUGUCGACAGCCUUCGGGGGCCUCAUGACGGGGAUGUUGGGUGUGGGGAUUGGAGAGGUCGUCAUACCGCAGCUGGUGAAGAAAAACGGCGUGCCCCUGCCUGUUGCAGCGGGGACGUCCAUAUUGGUGGUGUUCCUCAACGCCGUAGUGGCGGCCGGGACUCAGAUCGGCGGAAUCGUGUCUCGAGGGGGCGAGGACGUACCGUGGAACCUGAUCGCCUUCAUCGUGCCGGGCGUGGUUAUCGGGGGACAGCUGGCUCCGAAGAUGCAGGGCCGUUUGUCGCAGAGGACGAUGGAGAAAGUCUUGGCAGGCGUAUUUGGUGGGGUAGGCGUGACCUUUGCUGCGAUAUCAGUGAAAACGCUUUUGUCGUUAACUUCUGUAUCCACCUAGUCUUUGGAAAUAUGCGUGAUUAUGGUUUUAUGUGGGGUGGUUUAAAUGGUGUUUUUCUUCCAUAGACUAUUCGUGGCCUCCCGUCGUAGGUUCCACCGCAACAUCGUUGCCAUCGCUGAUAGAGUUCAUUGUUGGUGUUACCUUUGUAAUGGCUGAUCGGGUUGUGGACGUAAAGGCUGUUGAGAAAAUUCACUUUGUUGCCU